CCCUCCGUGUCCAAAAUAACCCCCCACUUUGUGUCCCCCCGUGGCAGGACCCCACGCCCAGCCCGGGGCUGAGCCCCCGCCCCGGCGCCGCCAUGGUGCUCCCCUACGCCCGCAACAGCGGCGGCGCCGGCGGCUGGGGGGCCCCCGAGGAGCCCCGUGGCCGCAGCAACUCCAUCCCUGCAGCGCAGACCCCCACGGCCAAGCACAUGCUGGCUUACCUGCCCCGGCCGCCCACCGACACCAGCCGGUACGGCACCUUCCCCCAGAAGGUAUGGCUCGCGCCGGGUUGUCGUCAGAGGCGAUUUCUCACCGACGGGCUCCUUUCCCCCCCCCAGCCCGACGUCCCGGCCGCUCCCGGGGCUCUGGUGGAGGACGGCGGGCAGCAAGCUGCCGCCACUGCCGCCACUGCCACUGCCAAGAGAAGCGCCCCGAUGCCAAACUACCCGUCCGCACCCCGCCGUGGCGGCUUCGUCCCCAGUGAGGCGUCCCUGCCGCUGAGCCGCGGGAGCCUGGCUGCCCAGCACCUCCGUGGCCGCCCGUCCUGGUGCCCGCCACCCGCCCCGCAGGACCCAGGUGCCCGCUUGUACCCGCUGCACGCGCUGAGCGUGGCCAACAUCCCCAACUCGUCACGCGGCAAGACCUCCGCCCGCAGCUCCACCGUCCCCGCCCCGGAGGGGCUGCCGAGCCGGCGGUGCAAGCUGCUGGAGGAGGACAACCCCAUGGUCCAGAGCGGCAAGCGGCAGCGGCAGCGCUACGUGACAAAGGUGGGCAAGUGCCAGGUGAACUUGGGCAACAUCCAGGACAAGAAGAGGUUCCUCUCGGACAUCUUCACCACCAUUGUGGACCUCAAGUACCGCUGGUUCCUCUUUGUCUUCAUGAUGUGCUACAUCGUCACCUGGGUGGUCUUUGGCUUCAUCUACUUCUUCGACGCCUGGGUGCGGGGUGAUGUUGGGCACCAGGGCGAUCCUGAGUGGCAGGCGUGCAUCGAGAACGUGGACGGCUUCAUCUCUGCCUUGCUCCUCUCAGUGGAAAGCCAGCGGACCAUCGGCUACGGCACCCGGAUGGUGACAGCCAACUGCACCGAGGGUGUCAUUCUGCUGAUGGCUCAAUCCAUCGUGGGCUCCAUGAUCGAUGCCAUGAUGGUGGGCUGCAUGUUUGUCAAGAUCUCCCGGCCCAAGAAGCGCGCCCAGACCCUCAUCUUCAGCAAAAAUUGCGUUAUCUCCCGCCGUGACGAGAAGCUCUGCCUGAUGUUCCGCGUGGGGGACUUGCGGGAAAGCCACAUGGUGGAUGCCAAGAUCCGGGCAAAGUUGAUCAAGUCCCGGCAGACAGCCGAGGGGGAGUUCAUUCCCCUGGAGCAGUCAGAGCUGAACCUGGGCUACGACACAGGGGAGGACCGUCUGUUUCUGGUGGAGCCCCAGAUCAUCUGCCAUGUUAUCAACCGCCACAGCCCCUUCUGGGACAUGUCGGCCGAGUCGCUGCGCCGGGAGCAGUUCGAAAUCAUCAUCAUCCUCGAGGGCAUUGUGGAAGCCACAGGAAUGACGUGCCAAGCCCGCACCUCCUACACGGAGGAUGAGAUCCUCUGGGGAUACCGCUUCGAGCCCUGCAUGUCCCUGGAGAAAGGCGCCUUCCAUGUGGACUACAGCCGCUUCGAGAUGACCUUCGAGGUGCAAACGCCGGUGGCCAGCGCCAAGGAGCUGCACGAGCUGAAGGAGCUGGAGCAGCAGGAGCACUCCACGCUCAGCCUCUACUGGGACCACCUCGUGCACCCCUGCGCGCUGCCGGGGCCCGGCGAGGACGCGCUGGGGGGGAUGAGCGGCCCCGGCAGCGUGGCUGAGGGCACCCGGGACGAGCCUCCGGAGCAGGAGUUCCCUGCCUGAGCCCCCGCCCGGGGGGGCCCCACGCCGACAGUGCCAUAGCCCACCCUCCCCGCGGGGCCGAGCCCCCCCCUCGCCCCCGCGCACAGGGCGGCACUUUUGUUAAACUGUUCUUUUGUA